GCACGCGGCAUAUCGGAGCGCGAAAAUCAAUAACGAGCUUGUAAACAAGCCCUAUAUGGAGGGCACACAACACUCCGUCAUUGCAAACUUUUAUAUUUAAUUAUUAAUGUUUUGUGUGUUUAUUUCACUAUAAACGUUAUAUUUUAGUUUCAAUCGGAUAAGGAACAAAAUGGAUUCGGCCAAUGUAGGAUAUUCGUACCAUUUGCCGUCGGGUGGAUGGAAUUACAAGAUUCGCAAUACAUUGUCACAAUUUAGUGAUUUGUUUAGCGAAUUUAACAAAUACAUCGCUCCGGCCUAUCAUCACGACCGCUGUGAAAGGUCCGUUCAAAUGAGGAUAUAUUCAAUGCACAAAGGGGAAUUCGUAAUGGUUUUUAUAGCAUUUUUUGCUUGUUUCGGUUUGGGAGUAUUUAUAGGACUAGCAGGUCCAUCGCCGACCAUGACGACGUCCACAGCGGCUUCCAGCGUGCUGUCCAACUCUAGCACGAUGUACCAGGGUCCUUUCCACCUGCACAGUCCAGCGCUAGGCACUAGGGUGCAGCAGUUAUGGCUUCUGGCUGAGAUAUUGACUAAUAAUAAUGAUGAGGAGAUAUUUGACAAAAGUUUUCAAAUAAGUAUAUCUAUAGACGGUGUGAUGGGUGACCACAGUACAGUGAACUUAGUACCUGAAAGCGAAGCAACUAAUAGGACGGAGCACCUGAAGUGCAAGAAGCAGGUCUGCGAGGAGGUGAUGGCGCUGCACCUCGGCUCACUGGAGUACACGCACUACGUCCUCAACAUACACCUGUACGGACUGCGAGAGUUCCACAAGAGAUACUACAUCAGAGAGAUCAUAUUCUAUUUUAAAACUUACAAUCCAGCAUUUACGCAAAUGGAAACGUGGUUCAGAUUUAUAUUUCUACUAACUACGUUCACUAUAACUUGUUGGUUCGCGCAUUCGCUUAGAAAAUACUCGACGCACGACUGGGCUAUCGAACAGAAGUGGCUCUCCGUGCUGUUGCCACUUCUACUGCUUUAUAAUGAUCCGAUAUUCCCGCUGCGGCUGGUAUCGGCGAGCUGCUUCGCGCCACUCAUGGACACCGUGUUCCAGACCACGUUCCUGGCGUGCGUCAUGUUGUCGUGGCUCGCACAGUACCAUGGACUGAGACAGAACGAAAGAGGUUUCGUGUCAUUCUAUUUGUUCAAACUGAUCGUGGUGGGUUUGGUGUGGGCGCCGGCGAUGGUGCUCACCGUGUGGCAGAAAUACUACGCGUACUACGACCCCACCUUCAACUACAACAUGAAUCCCAACUAUCCCGUUGUGAAGAUAAUGUUCUUCAGUGCGGUCACGCUGUACUUCCUAUAUCUGCUUGUCUUGAUCAUCAAGGCGUAUAGCGAUUUGAGGAAUAUGCCGUUUUUUGAUAUCAGACUACGGUGCUUGUCGAUUGUGGUGGCGACGGUAACGUUCAUCACGACUCUACUGGCUGUACAAGGGUGGGGCCCGGCCGCGUUGCAGGACCACUGGGCGUCGCAACCCAAAAUCCACUACGACACAUCCGCGCCCUUCAUGGCCCUCUAUGGCUUGUACAACUUCAACAUAUACAUCUUGGCUUAUUUGUUCUCGCCGGGCGGUGGAUCCAUUCAUGAAACCGCUAUAACCAAAGACAACCCGGCGUUCUCUAUGAUAAAUGACUCAGAUGAAGAGGUCAUUUAUGGAUCUGACGAAGAGAGCCGGCGACCGCUCAACUCUCACCAUAGAGUUAAUACAGAGGAUAUAUGAUUCUACCCAACAUUAUAAUUUCCUGUAAUUGUAAUUUUUCUUGUUAUAAAAAUUAUAAUAUAUUACUAAAGAGUUUAGUAUUAUUUUAAGUAACAGAGUUUAAUUCAUUUUCAUGUUUCAAAUAUGCCACUUUGCGCCACCUAGAAUCGGUUAUCAAAAUAUAAUGCAAUAUUUUUCCACUAGA